AUGGCCCUCCGCGCCAAGUCUGCGCUGUGCCUGGUGGCCGUGUUCGCCCUGCUGCUGGCCACCACGGUGAGCGGCCUCUACGCCAAGCCGAGUGACUUUCCGCUUCUCGGCAAGAGUUUUGUGGCGGAGGUCAACUCAAAGGCGAAGGGUCAGUGGACCGCCUCGGCCGAUAAUGGCUACCUGGUCACGGGCAAGAGCCUCGGGGAGGUGCGCAAGCUGAUGGGUGUGACCGACAUGAGCACCGAGGCUGUCCCUCCCCGCAACUUCUCUGUGGAGGAACUGCAGCAAGACCUGCCAGAGUUCUUCGACGCCGCCGAGCAUUGGCCCAUGUGCUUGACGAUCAGCGAGAUUCGUGACCAAUCGAACUGCGGCUCGUGCUGGGCCAUCGCGGCGGUGGAGGCUAUUUCGGACCGCUACUGCACCUUCGGUGGCGUUCCGGAUCGCCGCAUGUCGACCAGCAACCUUCUCUCCUGCUGCUUCAUAUGCGGCCUUGGCUGCCACGGCGGCAUUCCGACGGUAGCGUGGCUAUGGUGGGUGUGGGUAGGCAUAGCGACUGAGGACUGCCAGCCCUACCCCUUUGACCCAUGCAGCCAUCACGGGAACAGCGAGAAGUACCCGCCCUGCCCGAGCACCAUCUACGAUACCCCUAAAUGCAAUACCACCUGUGAGAGAAGCGAGAUGGAUCUGGUCAAGUACAAGGGCAGCACAUCUUACUCCGUCAAGGGCGAGAAGGAGCUCAUGAUUGAGCUCAUGACCAACGGCCCCUUGGAGUUGACCAUGCAGGUGUACUCUGACUUCGUCGGCUACAAGAGUGGAGUGUACAAGCACGUCCUUGGUGAAUUUCUCGGCGGACACGCUGUAAAACUGGUCGGUUGGGGAACCCAAGACGGUGUCCCGUACUGGAAGGUUGCCAACAGCUGGAACACCGACUGGGGUGACAAAGGCUACUUCUUGAUCCAGCGCGGCAACAAUGAGUGCAAAAUUGAGAGUGGCGGCGUUGCUGGCAUACCCGCGCAGGAGUAG